AUGCCUUGGAGAGGCUUGCGCAUUGGCAUUCCCGAUGACACCGAUUCUAAGCGACGGAGCGUGAUCGAUCUUUCGCAUUCUCAAUCCCGUCAUAGUGAACAAUUGCCUCGCCCGUCCGUCUCGACCUCCAACCUUGUUCCCCGGCACUCGGAGUCUACUCCUCGUACCCCUCGUCUGACUGGUGCAGAUGAUGAUGGCGAUGACAAUGACGAUGAUGAUGCUGCCAACGGUGACAAUCGCACCUCCCAUCUAGCGGUGCCCGGAGACCGCACGGACAACAACAAUAACACGGGAAACUCCCCUGCCUCCCAAUCGCCUGGCGAAGCAUUGAGCGGGAGCCUACGCAGGAACCGUUUUAGCUUUAUGAGGCUCCGUCAUGCAUCCGAUCCCCAACUGUCUAAAUCUUACGCCAAGGCCGAGCAAAAGCCCCCUCCGGUCCCUCCCCUGCCUCCACCACCUACUAUCAUCACUACUGCACCCACGAGCCAUGAGCUGGACCAACCUGUCAAGCGAAAAAGCAUGUUCAAAAUCUUGUCCGCAUCGAAAAGGCCUUCCAUGGAGGAUCUGACGGCCGAUCGACAACCCGCAUCUGACGCACCUCCGUCUAGACAUGGUGCUCAAGACUCAAGAGAUUCUCACAUGGAAAAUCCCCUGUCGACGCCGCGGGGCAGUGCGGAGGAGCCGGGGCGAUUGUCAACAACAUCAGCGCGAAGCAACAGCCGAGAACACACCAACGAUUCUUACCGUUCAUCGACCGUGACAGACGCCCGAUUCUCUGAAUCGUCUCGUUCCGACCAUAGUCAAGGAGAGCAGGGUGGCCACCAUCUAGCAUCCUCUCCCAAUGAAGGAUCGUUGUCUUUCAACAAACGUUUUCGCCUGCCUCGUCUCAAACGGAACCGAAACCCAUUUCCCCUACCUCCCAGACCGACCUUCGAUCGCCCGCCAUCGACUGGUCCCCAGCCAGUCCCGGUUCCCGACGGUGCCCCAAGGCCACAAACCUCUCAGGACGGCCAGGAUUAUUCCUCAAUGCCAUCGCCAACCCGUUCGUCGGUGGGUUUCUCAGGGCGACCUCCUAUGAUCCGGAACGAAUCAACAAAUUCCACUCAUUCGGUUGCAUCGUUCUCAUCGAAUCGGAAGCACAACCAGGCAGAGACUCGAGCACGAUCGUCAACUUUGGACUCCAUCGCGGACGAUCAAGGUGGAAAUCAAGCGCCACCUUUCAUGGCGCCGUCUAACCGGACCUCUACCUCGACAAGUGGACGCAAGAGCUUUGGUGAUAUCUUCAAUCUCCCACAACGGUUGAGGCAGAACUCCGAGCCUCCAGCACCCCGCAAUGGCACUCCAGGUACUGCAACGCCGACAAAAUCGCUAUCAUAUCCGGCACGGCAAGAAAGUGACACCCCCGCCAUGUAUCUGUCUCGGUUGGAAGAGUGCCUCCCGAAAGGCGUUAUCGCCGGCUUGCUGGCCCAGUCAGGCGAGGAAUUUAAUCUCACGGCCCUGCGGAAGUGCAUGCGUUGGUUUUCGUACUUUGGGGAUCCAAUCGAUAUGGCAAUUCGGAAGCUCUUGAUGGAGAUGGAACUGCCAAAGGAGACCCAGCAGAUUGACCGGUUCUUGCAAGCGUUUGCGGACAGGUAUCAUGAGUGCAAUCCGGGGAUAUUUGCUCAUUCUGACCAGGCAUAUUUCAUUGCAUUUUCGAUAUUGAUCUUGCACACGGAUGUCUUCAACCGGAACAAUAAGCGAAAAAUGCAAAAACCAGAUUAUGUCAAGAAUACUCGUGGCGAAGGCAUCGCGGACGACAUCUUGGAAUGUUAUUAUGAGAAUAUCUGCUAUACGCCUUUCAUUCACAUCGAAGACGCGAAUCCCCACGGGCGCCAUCUCAUCAAACCCCGACGCACAUUGUUCAAAUCCACCAGUUCUGAACAUCUUGGUCGCGCGUCGAAAGAACCGGUUGAUCCCUACGCACUCAUUCUGGACGGAAAACUCGACGCACUACGUCCAAGUCUGAAGGACGUCAUGGAUCUCGACGAAUUCUACAGCUGCAACGGUACCGAAGGGCCGCCUGAUAUGAGGAGCCUCCAUCGAGCAUUUGCUAAGACUGGCGUGUUGCAAAUCGUGUCCGCGCGUUCCCGGCCAGAUGCAUUCAUGCCGGCAAGUCUUCAGAAUCCGGCCGACUCGAAUCCUGGACUGGUUGAUAUCAAGGUUGCCAAGGUUGGCUUACUCUGGCGGAAAGAUCUGAAGAAGAAGCGAGGCAGGUCACCCUGGCAGGAAUGGGGUGCACUCCUUACAUUUUCCCAACUUUAUUUCUUCCGGGAUGUCAACUGGGUGAAGUCGUUGAUCUCUCAGUCCGAGGAGCAGCAGAAGGAAGGCAGUGGUCGGGCGGUUAUUUUCAAACCACCUCUCACCGAUUUCAGUCCGGAUGGCCUCAUGUCUACGGAUGAUGCCGUGGCUCUGUUGGAUUCCAAUUACAAGAAGCACAAGCACGCUUUUGUGUUUGUUCGCCACAAUUCGUUAGAGGAGAUCUUCCUAGCCAACAGUGAUGAGGACAUGAACGAUUGGAUAGCAAAGCUCAACUACGCCUCAGCAUUUAGGACCACCGGUGUACGGACAAGAGGGAUGAUCGCCAACGGUUAUGAUGCGCAGCGGAAUCGCAUGGGUCGUACCGAUUCCAACCAGUCUGCCCCUGCGGGCAUGGAGCCACCGUCGCCUAAUCCUGACACCGACGUUUCUGAUGAGCUGGUUGCGGCCCGUCAGCAGAUGAUGGUGCAGAGGAUUCGUGAGGCUAAUGAGAAACUCUUUGUUUGUCAGAAACAACUUGAUGAUCUGUUGCGGAAUGCUCGACACCUGCAGAUUCUCACCCCCGUGCAUCCAAGAGCAAGAGAGCAGGUCCUCAUGGCGGCUGGCCGCAUGGCUGCUAAGCUCAAAUGGGUGAGGCAAGAUAUCUGGCGCACCAAAUGUCACCGCGAAGUGCUCGUUCGGGACCUUAGCGAAGAGGGCGUAGAUAUCGAAGCUAGUGCGGAACGGAAGAAGUCUUUGCACCUGCAGAUUCCGACGGCAGGCAUCGCACUCCGACCCGAUUCGGGCAAGUCGAAUCAGAAUUUGACUGUGAAACCGGAGUCCCCUAUCAAUGACGACACUCUUAUUUUGCCAGAUGCCUCUGAGAAUGUCGACAAGGUGUCUUUGCAACCCGGGCUGAUUGAGGAACGGAGACCAAGUCUUAGAUCUGUCGCGUCUGGUAGACGGGCCUCUGCAGAUGCCACGAAAGACCAGGCGCCUUCUUCACCCGUCCAGACGGAUGCACUGGAACGAAAGACCUCAGUGCUUAGCUCAGGCAGCAAGAUGGAUGUUUCAAGCUUGAACUCUCAUGCUUCCAAAUUGGCUUCCCAAGCCAGCAUUGAUGAUAAUGAAGAGCGCCUUCUCCGUGAAACGGGUCUGCUGGAGGCCAACGGUUCAUCGCAAGGACAAAAGAAUGGCAACGAUGAGAAGCUUCCAGACGGUCCUCAGGCAACACCUCAGGAAGAGCAAUCUAAGCGCACCCGUCGCAGUCUACACCGCAGUUUGCGUGAAUCUCACCACGGCAACCAUAUCCGGAACAAGAAGACACGGGGCUCGGUAUCUAGUUCUACGGGUGGCGGAGAGGAGCAAGGGCCAACAAAGGAAGAUGAAGGUCUUCCCCGCAAGACGCCCAGUUUCAACUUUCACGGCAAGAAGGCGUCCAUUGUCACCUUUGGAUCCGAAUGGCAAAAUAUGCCACCUGAAGAGCGACUGAAGCUACGAAAGCCUACUCCGUCGUCGUCGGAUGAGCCACGGUCUGAUCCUACCACGGCUAGUAUUGCCGACUCGGAAUUAGCUGGCGACCGUCCCCAGUCUCUACGAAGUUCAAGUACCGCAACGAAGAGCUUCCGCGGGAAUGACGAUGCUCCCGAAGCACUUGGAAUCUUCAAAUGGGGCGAAAAGAUCCCGACAGAAAACGGCAACGGGGAUCACCAAUCUACCGAGACCCCUCCACGGGCACCAACAUUGAACGGACGACUGGCGAUAGCCGACGGUUCUGAAGACGUUGAUCCUCUUGAGCAGACCACGCAGGAGACAACAAAGGCCAGUGCCCCUGAGCAGGCUGUUAAUGCAUGA